AACAGAGUAGAGAAGACGAGAGAAGAGAUCGUACAGAGAGAGCGAAAGAGAAUGGGGACGGUGGGAUUGGCGCCUGGGCUAUCUCGUAAGCUGAAGAAAGUAUUGGAAUCAAGAACAGAAACACCAGAUCUAUUGGCUUCUCUCAAAACACUCUCAACUUUCUACACUGAUAACACUCCACAGACUCGUCGCAACCUCAGAUCCACUAUUGAAAAGCGCUCUCUUUCCAUCAAUCUCGAUUUUCUUCAAGCCUCUCAUGCUGCUCAACAAGCUUUGGAUCGCGUCGAGGAGGAGGUUAAUGAGCUUGCUCAGUGCUGUGAUAGGAUUGAAAAGGCCCUGAGCAGUUGUAAUGCUACCACUGGGAACAUCAUUGAAACUACGGAGAUACUCAAACGAGAGCUUGAAGUUAAUACACAAAGACAAGAGAUUGUUUCUUGCUUUCUUCGUGAUUAUCAACUGUCUAAUGACGAGAUAACUGCACUGAGGGAUGAGGACCUAAAUGAAAAUUUCUUCGAGGCACUUUCUCAUGUUCAAGAAAUUCAUGCCAACUGCAAAGUACUUCUUAGGACUCAUCAUCAGCGUGCAGGUUUGGAGCUGAUGGAUAUGAUGGCUGUGUACCAAGAAGGAGCCUAUGAGCGCCUAUGCAGGUGGGUUCAGGCUGAAUGUAGGAAAUUGGGUGACACUGAGAAUCCUGAAGUUGGUGAGCUUUUAAAAACAGCAGUUUGCUGCCUCAAGGAAAGGCCUGUCCUUUUCAAGUAUUGUGCAGAAGAGGUAGCAAAUAUGAGGCAUAAUGCAUUGUUUAGAAGAUUUAUAAGUGCUCUUACACGUGGAGGACCUGGUGGAUUGCCAAGACCAAUUGAAGUGCAUGCUCAUGAUCCCUUACGAUAUGUGGGAGACAUGCUUGGAUGGCUACAUCAGGCUUUGGCAUCUGAACGGGAGCUCAUCCUUGGAUUACUUGAUCCAGAUGUGGCAGUAGAUACUGGAGUUACGGCUAGCCAAUUCUCUAAGAACCUGGAGAAUGAUUCUGGAAAGACUAAUUCAGAUCUGACAUUUGUACUGGAUAGAAUCUUUGAAGGAGUUUGCCGGCCAUUCAAAGUGAGAGUUGAACAAGUUUUGCAGUCGCAACCUAGUCUUAUAAUUUCUUAUAAACUCAGUAAUAUCUUGGAGUUUUAUAGCUACACAAUAUCAGAUUUACUUGGGAGAGAGACUUCUCUCUGUAAUACACUCUGGGUGCUCAAGGAUGCUGCCCAAAAGACAUUUUUUGACAUAUUGAAAAGCCGAGGAGAAAAACUUUUGCGGUAUCCACCCCUUGUAGCUGUUGAUCUUUCUCCACCACCAGCUGUGAGGGAAGGAGUCUCUGUACUGCUGGAAAUAAUUGAGACCCAUAACAGUAUGAUGGUUCCCCCUUCUGGAAAAAAAUCUGAUUUUGAUCUGGUGAUAUCUGCUUUACUUGAUCCUAUCAUCCAGAUGUGUGAACAAGCAGCAGAGGCACACAAAUCCAAGGGAGCUGGACAUUCAUCAAGAAGAAGUAGAAUGAGUUCUGACUCAAGCCAAAUUAAUAAAUCCUCGGUUGAUGCAAUCUUAUCCAGUAGCAGUUCCACCUUGUCCACACAGAAUAAUGAGACUCCCUCCAAAAUAUUCCUCAUCAACUGCUUAUGUGCCAUCCAACAACCAUUACUUGGUCACGAGGUUGCAACUGAGUAUGUGAAGAAUCUCGGAUCAAUGAUUGAAAAUCAUAUGCAGGCUCUUGUCGAUAAAGAAGUUGAUGUCAUUUUAAGAAGAUGUGGCUUAUCAGAGAAGAUGCAGCACUUCCAUGGUUCUCUUAACAAGGAGGUCAGCAGUGCAGUAGCAGGGCCCACAUUGGCAGAGAUAGAAGACACUUCUCCAGCAUCACUUGCAGAGUGUUUAAAGGUAUUCUUUGGGCUUAUUUUGGGAAGCGAUAGUUCUCUGCCAGAAUUUGAGCCGAUGCAGGUUCCAAAAUUGCGUUCUGAAGCCUGUAUCAAGGUGGCCAGGUCACUGGCUGAAGCUUAUGAACUAAUUUACAAGGCUAUUAUGGCUCCCGAGAACGGAUACCCAGAUCCAAAGUCGCUAGCAAGGCAUCCUCCACAUCAAAUAAGGACUAUUUUAGGGAUAUAAAGUUUUAAUCUUCUUUUGGAGCCUCAAGAGUCAAUACCGUUUCUUUUUGUAAUGAAUAAUAAUGUCUUCUACAAAGGUUUAAAGGGGUAUUCGUUGAUGGCUUGUAGAUGAAUUGCUUUUAUAGUGUGGUAUAAUGAAAGAGGAAAUUAUGUAA